AUAUACGUUAAAUUUUUUUUUACUUCGAAAUUUUUCUCAGUGGCUUCCAUGUGGAAGUAUCAUAGCCGGUCCUCACUCGAUAAAAAGAAAAACCACACAAAAAAGUACAAUUAACAAUCGACUUAAAUUACAUUAAAAAUAUCUUCAAAUCUAACGCAACACACAAGUGAUUAUCGAGAGUGAUUUCAAAAAAAAAAAUCAUUCUCAAUAAAUUUCCAACAAAUCAAAAAAACUAAAUCGAACAAAUUCUAUAAAAGACCAAAAAAGAAGAGAAGAAGAAAAAAAUCUACACAAGCAAAAUGAAUAUGCAAGUAAACCUGCAACUUAUACAGAUUUUGGAGAAAACCAUUUCACCUGACAAAAAUGAACUGCUAUCGGCGAAGAACUUCCUGGAGCAGGCAGCCGAAACAAAUCUGCCUGAAUUUCUCAAGGCAUUGUCAGAUGUCCUUGUAAAUGUUAGCAAUAGUGCUGUGGCACGUAUGGCAGCUGGUCUGCAAUUGAAAAAUCAUUUAACCAGCAAAGAUAAGGCAACCAAUGUGCAGUACCAAGAGAGGUGGCUUCAAUUUCCUGAGGAAACGCGUGAAUAUAUUAAAAAGAAUAUUCUGUGCUCCUUGGGUACAGAAAAUACUCGACCAUCAAGUGCAGCACAGUGUGUUGCAUAUGUUGCCGUAACUGAACUUGCUAACGGUCGAUGGGGAAUACUCAUUAGUACUUUAGUGAAUAAAGUUGUUACCGAAGGUUCUAGUGAAACUGAUAGAGAAGCAGCUCUUGAAGCUAUUGGCUACAUCUGUCAAGACAUCCAACCUGGAGUACUUGAACAUCAAGCAAAUCAGAUCCUCACAGCAAUUAUUCAUGGAAUGCGCAAACAAGAAUCUAGUAACCACGUUCGCUUAGCUGCCACAACAGCUCUACUCAAUUCAUUAGAGUUCACAAAAGCCAACUUUGAAAAAGACACCGAACGUAAUUUCAUCAUGGAAGUUGUAUGCGAAGCAACGCAAUCCCAAGACACUCAAAUCUGUGUUGCUGCCAUGCAAUGUCUGGUUAAGAUUCUCUCUCUCUACUACCAAUACAUGGAGCCAUACAUGGGACAAGCCUUGUUCCCAAUUACACUCGAAGCUAUGAAAUCCGAACACGAUCAGAUUGCAUUGCAGGGCAUUGAAUUCUGGUCGAACGUUUGUGAUGAAGAAGUCGACUUGGCGAUAGAAUCGCAAGAGGCUAUCGAUGCUGGCAAAACACCAACGCGUGUCUCAAAACAUUAUGCUCGUGGUGCUCUGCAAUAUUUGACCCCAGUAUUGAUGGAAAAAUUGACAAAACAAGAUGAAUGCGACGACGAAGAUAAUUGGAGUCCAUCGAAAGCGGCUAGUGUGUGUUUAAUCCUGUUGGCAACGUGUUGCGAGGAUGAAAUUGUGCCACAUGUGCUUCCAUUUAUCAAGGAAAAUAUCGAAUCACCCAAUUGGAGGUUGCGUGAUGCUGCCGUUAUGACAUUCGGUUCCAUUUUGAGUGGUGUUGAGUCGAAUACAUUGAAGACUCUGGUUGAACAGGCUAUGCCAACACUCAUUCGAUUGAUGUACGAUUCGAGUGUUGUUGUUAGAGAUACAACCGCCUGGACUUUUGGAAGGAUCUGCGAUAUUAUCCCAGAAGCAGCUAUCAAUCAGAAAUACCUAAACACACUGUUGGAAUGUUUCAUCAAAGGUCUCAAGGCCGAGCCACGUGUAGCAACAAAUGUUUGUUGGGCUUUUAUUGGACUUUCCGAUGCGGCUUAUGAAGCAGCAGAAGGAGCCGAUGGAGAGACUCCACAAACGUAUUGCUUAUCACCAUACUUCGAAUACAUCAUCACCCAAUUGUUGGAGACAACCGAUAGGGCAGACAGUGCUCAUGCCAAUUUGCGUGCUGCAGCUUAUGAAGCUCUUAUGGACAUGAUCAAAAACUCACCAGUUGAUUGCUACGUAAUUGUUCAAAAGACAACAAUUGUCAUUUUGGAGCGACUGAAUCAAGUCCUACAAAUGGAAGCCCAUCUUUCAAACCAAAAUGAUCGUAGCCACUUUAAUGACAUUCAAUCUCUGUUGUGUGCAACUUUGCAAUCGGUUUUGCGUAAGGUUCGCGAAGAGGAUGCUCCCAAAAUUUCCGACGCUAUUAUGACUGCAAUUUUGACCAUGUUCAGUUCAUCGUCGAGUAAGGUUGGUGGUGUUCAAGAAGACGCCUACAUUGCUGUUUCCACUUUGGCUGAGUUGUUGGGUCUGAAGUUCCUCAAAUACAUGGAAGCUUUCAAGCCAUAUUUGUUCAUGGGUCUUAAGAACUACCAGGAAUAUCAAGUAUGUUGUGCUGCUGUUGGUUUAACUGGUGACAUCUGUCGUGCCCUCAAAGCUCACGUUAUUCCAUUUUGUGACGAGAUUAUGUCAACUCUGUGUGACAAUUUGAGUCAGCCAACUCUUCAUCGCUCAGUUAAGCCACAAAUUCUAUCUGUGUUUGGUGAUAUGGCCUUGAGCAUUGGCACUGAGUUUGUCAAAUACCUUCCAGUUGUUUUAGAAAUGUUGUUGCAUGCCUCUCGUGUCCAGGUUGAUCAAAAUAGCUACGAUAUGUUGGAAUAUUUGAAUGAAUUGCGUGAGAGUGUACUUGAAGCUUAUACUGGAAUCUUGCAAGGUUUGAAGGGUGCCGAUCAUAAACCCAACCCAGAAGUUCGACACAUGGAAUCUCACAUUGGUCAUAUUAUUGCGUUUAUCAAAGCCAUUGCACAAGAGGGUGAUAUGUCUGAUUCGAUUGUGGCAAUUUCCGCUGGUUUGAUUGGUGAUUUAUGUACGGCAUUUGGACCACAGUUGUAUCCUCUGUUGGAAGAUAUGACAAUAAGUCAAUUCCUUGCCGAUGGCAAACGUUGCAAGGCGUCCCGCACAAAAUCACUUUGCAGUUGGGCGAGUAAGGAAAUAAAGAAAUUGCGUGACGUCCCUCCGACCGAGUAAACGUUGUAAAUUGAUAUUUCAGAAUUUACAAACAAAACAAAUGCAUUAUACAAAAACUAAAAAAAGUAAAAAUAACUCACAAAAUGCAUCUCUCAAAAAAACACUGUAUUUACUUCCAAAAAAACAUCUUAAAAACAAAAAAAGAAAAAAAAUGGAAGCAACAGUGUGUAUUUCGAUUAAUUGUACAACAUCUUAUUCUCGUCAUAAGAUCGACGAUGUUAGGUUUAUUUUUAUCAUAAUCAUUAUUUUUUUCACAUAGUUCUAGUUUAUAUAAUUGUUUAAUUAUUAUUUAUAUAUAUAUUUUGUUUCUUUUCAUUAAGCAAUUUCUAUUUUUGCAAGUAAAUUAACAUUAUUUUGAAAAUUCUUCCUCCCCUUCCCCCUUUUUCCCGAAAAGAUAUAAAUAGAAUGUUUUUCCCUAAAUUAAAUAACUCUUAACAAUAACAAAAAAAAACAUAACUUAUUGAUAUUUAGAUAAACAAAUUGUAAAUUAACUAUUUAUCGCCUCCAUUUUAAAACGAAAAGCCAAAAAAGAAUAAUUUAAAAGCUUUGAAAGCUUAAACAAAAUUUAAUUUUUUUCCUUUUUUUUUUAAUUUUCCAUUCUAAUCUAUUUCAAGAAAAAAAAAACCCAUACAACAUAGAACGAAAGAAAAACAAAAAUAUGAAAACAAAACAACAACAACAACAAAAAAAAAAAUUAACAAUUAUAUAUUUAAUCAUAAUUAAAUUUUUAAGCAAAAUUUUAAGAUAAAUAAUAAUUAAUAUUAACACCUUUUGUGUGAAUGUUAUUAUCGUGCGAAUUUAUCUGCCAUUUCUCUUUCUUACGUUUGUUUGAAUUCUUUAUUAUGUGUAUUUUUAGUUUGUUUCUUCUUCUACGAAAUGAUUGCAACGAUUUUUUAAGUUUUUUGAAUUUUUUCAUUUAGAUUCUUACUCUAAAACAUUCUUGGGACGUCGAGUGUGUUUGAGAUGAAUUUUUCUGCGUUUGUUUAAUUUCUAAUUUGUGUGGUUAAGGUUCUGCUAUGUUGCUUUGACACAUGAAAAACAACAACAAAAAUUACCAAAAUGUAUAUCAUUUUCCAUAUAUGUAAUAAGAAACAAAAACAAAAAAAAAAAAAAACAUUGAAAGUAAAUGUGGUUUACAAAACUAUAAAUUUAAUAUUAUGAAUGUGAGACUGAUUCUUUACAAUUUUCGUAUGCCGUUUUUAAGCGUAUUUGUGACGAGUGUGGAUUUUGUGUGAAUGUGUAGUGUGUGUGCGUGUGUGUGUUUUUAUUUUUUUUUAAUGUGUGCAUGAGUGAAUGGUGUCUUUUGAAUGCUUUUUUUUAAGUUUUUGAUUUGUGAAGUGUGAGCUUUGUGCCUGGGUUGGAAAUGUUUCCUUUGAAGAAGUUAGUUAUUCUCGACUAAAAUUCGGCGAAAAUCUACAAAAUUUGAUAUUUGUCAUUAUCUUUGAGCGAAAGUAUCAUAUUUUGAAGUGAAUUACAAUCCAAUUAAAAUCAAUCCAUUUUAAGAAUGAUUUCGCUGUCCCGAUGUGUAUCACAUCCGUGAGCUUUUUUUUUUAUUGUUUUUUUUUUUGCCAAGUAUACAUUAUUCUUUUUUAAACUCAUAACGUUAUUAUGUUUGCUCUACAGCGAAUUAAGAUCCUUUUUUUUUUGUUUUUUAUUCCAAUCUCGCAUUUCUACGACAGGAGUCUAAGUAAGAAUUUUUUACUGUUUCCUGUUAAGAAUUGUUAUCCUCCAGAAAUAUUUUAUUGCUAAUAUAUAUCGUGAAUCUCUUUCCGAACUAUUUUCUGAGGAAUGCAAUUAAUUGACAGUAAAAUAUAUUCCCGAUUCCAAUAACUUCCGAGAAAAGCUUUUGUGCUGCACGUGCUUCUCGCAGUGAGCGUAAAUAGAUUAUCCCUUAUUGAAACAUUCGCUUUGGGAUCUAGUUUAAUCCCCCAAUACUUAAUUUGCUAUCGUGAACCACUCCUGUACUUGCAACGGCCGCAAUGAUUUCUUUCUAGAAUCGUCGUAUGACGAUUGUCAACUAUCAAUUGAUAUUUGAUUUGAUGUUCAAAAGAAGAGCUUUCCCGACUUUUUAUUGAUGACCUUAAGAAAAUCCAAAAUGCAAACAAUCGUUUCAAGUAGCAUUCAAUAGUCAAAAGCCUAUCUGGAUUGUCAUGGGUGUACUUCAUUCCAAAAAAUCGACAAAAAUUCGAUAUGUAGAAGAUUGGACGGCUUAUAAUACGAAUCCCAAAAUAAGCGGGCUGUGUGACGCCGCGUGUCAUUCUGCUGAAACCCAAAAACGUCCAAGUCCAUGUCUUCAACUCCUUUUGAAGCGUUGACUUUUACUCGAAAUGGUGUUUCCAGCUUUGGGCCAUUAUGUAACAAGUAUAAAUUAUGCACUUUACAAUGGAAUUGCUUAUCGACAUCAUCAUGCGGGCAUGGCGAUUUAUAUCACUCUCUCUGCCUUUGGCGAAAACUUCAACUGCUUUUAUCUCAGAUGGCCAUUUUGAGAGCUUCUUCAUUGAAACAUUGUUAAAUCAGACGAAUUUUGUGGCCAAUACCAAUUGUCCAAAAGACAUUGGGCUUCCCGCGAAGCGCUGAAUUCAUAAUAUAAAUUUUCUGUUGACUUUCCUUUAUCAAUCAAUUGUCUCCAUCAAUUUGACCCAUCCACAUCGACGAUAUUCACUUCGAAACUUGAUAUACUGAGAAUUUCCCUCACCUAUUGGGAACGUGUUCUUCACACCUCAAAAUAUGAAAUAAAAAUUAAAUAAAUAAAAUAAGAUAUUUUCCAAGGACACAUUUCCAGCUUUAGUUACAAGUAUAUUUAUGAAUGUGUGAAUAACUUUGUGAUGAAUUUUUGAAUGUUUGAAAGUGUGAAUCUCUGUAUAAUUUUUCUCUAUUUAUGACUGCGAUAUUUAAACCAAAAGUAAAAAAAAAAAAACAAUUAAUGAAUUCAUAAAAUGAAUGAAUGUUUUGUGAUAUGCAUUUUUACAUAAAACCAAUGAAUGUGUGAAAAUCAUUUAAAAUUUUCUUUUAAAUUGAUGAUCGAUUGUUUAUUAUGUAGUUUUAAUUUUCUUAGACAAAAAAAAAGAAAACAAAACUCUGAAAAGAAAAAAAUACCAAUAAAACAAUGACAAAAAAAAAAUUAAUGAAAUAAAGAGCAAGUGCUGUGAGUGAAUUAAUAAGUAUUGAGGAUAUUUUUAAUUUAAAAAAAAAGAAAACAACAAAAAUCAAUAAAUUUAAUUAAAUUAAGAAAACAUAAAUGUUAAAGAUUUUAAACGGAAUUGACAAACAAAAAAACACAAUUUUUCUUUUUUGUAUUUCAUUCCUACAUAAAUAAUUUAAAUUAAAACUUAAAAUAUCUUUUAACAAAAAAAUAAAUAUAUACGCUUAAGAGAGAGUAAAAUACAACAAAAUAUUAUUCAGGUAUAAAAAGACAACAGAAAAAAAAAACACAA